GCAGGAACUGGAAGCGCUGAACAGACGUGCCCACACACGCAGGAAGAGUCAGUAUGGAAGCGGCGGAAGAAUUGUUUAUAGAUUUUGAAAACCUUGAUCAGAGAAAGCUUGUUAACCUUCAGGCUGCCUGGAGGGGAGCAGUUGUAAGAAAAUGGAUGCGGUCACUCAGAGGAUCGUUCGAGCAAAUAUAUGCUGAAGUUGAAAACAACCAUGAAAGUGACGUACAGUGGCGAAGACAUGAACCGUGUUAUCCACAGUUUCUUACAGCCAGAGAUUUGAACAUUCACAAGUCACACGUACCUCCUGAAAAUACUGAAAGACAAACAGAUACAUGUAUCUGUUGUUCACAUUGUCAGACAUCCACGACAAAGAAAAGUACAUUUUGUGAUAGAAGAACAGAUUCAAAUGGUGAUGCCAUUUUAUUACCAAAUCCUGUAUCAACGUGUAAACCGACUGAUGAUCAGUCAUCUCAGACAGUAACCAUGACAACAGGAUGUGUGGAAAGUAGUGCCAGUAAUCCAGUGGUGUCAGACUGUCGUGCCGAGGAAGAAACAUUAUUUCCAGAAUCGAAGGAAAAAUGUGAAAAUCAUCUUCAAGACAGGUUUGAAGCUUGGUUUAAAGCCUGGAUCAUUUAA